AAAAAGAUAAAAAUUAUGAGUGCAGAUCAUUUAGAAAGAAUUAAACAGAGAGAUGGAAAGAGAGCAAUACAUCCCAUUAUUUGAAACAAAAGAAGCUAAGGCAUGGCUCUUUUACAGGCUCUUCUCUGUAACUGUGUUUCUUGCUGUAUGCUUCAUAUGGGUUUACAGAAUCACUAACUUACCAAAAAAUGGAGAAGAUGGCAGAUGGGUUUGGAUUGGACUGCUUGCAGCUGAGUUAUGGUUCGGUCUUUACUGGCUCAUCACUCAAGCUCUCAGGUGGAACCCAGUCUUCAGGUCCACCUUCAAGGACAGGCUCUCUUGGAGGUACCAGGAUGAGUUGCCUGGAGUAGAUAUAUUUGUAUGCACAGCAAAUUUCAAGAUAGAGCCGCCGAUAAUGGUGGUGAAUACGGUGUUAUCUGUUUUGGCUUAUGAUUAUUCACCGGAAAAACUUAGUGUGUAUCUGUCGGACGAUGGUGGAUCAGAUCUUACGUUUUAUGCUCUCUUGGAGGGUUCCGAGUUUGCCAGACAUUGGAUACCAUAUUGUAAGAAGUUCAAGGUGGAACCAAGGUCUCCUGCUGCUUAUUUUGCUGAUUCCAAAUCUUGUAUGGAUCUUUCUCAUCGUAUUGAGGCGUCCGUAGCUAUUAAGAAAUUAUAUGAAGAAAUGAAAGAGCGAAUUGAAAGUGCAACCAAGCUAGGUCGAAUCCCUGAAGAACAACGCUCCAAACAUGAAGGAUUUUCACAGUGGGAUUCAUACUCUUCACGGCUAGACCAUGACACUAUCCUUCAAAUUCUGAUAGAUGGGAAAGAUCCAAAUGCCAAAGACAUUGAUGGGUGUGCUUUGCCUACUUUAGUAUACCUUGCUAGAGAGAAGAGACCCCAACAUCCACACCAUUUCAAAGCUGGAGCUAUGAAUGCCUUGAUUAGAGUGUCAUCAAAGAUCAGCAAUGGACCGAUUAUUCUCAAUCUUGACUGUGAUAUGUACUCAAACAAUUCAUUAUCCGUUCACGAUGCACUUUGCUUCUUCUUGGAUGAAGAGAAAAGCCAUGAAGUUGCUUUUGUACAAUACCCACAACACUUCGAAAAUAUUACCAAGAAUGAUGUAUAUAGCAACUCUUUACGAGUGGUUAUCAAUGUGGAAUUCCAUGGUUUGGAUGGUUUUGGAGGCCCUACAUAUUGUGGAACUGGCUGCUUUCAGAGGAGAGAUGUUCUGUGUGGAAGGAAAUUCACUAAAGAUAGCAAAUUUGAAUGGAAGAAAGAUGAUCAUAAGAGACUAAGGAGCAUACUGGAAUUAGAACAAGAAACAAAGUCUCUUGCAAGCUGUACUUACGAGCAAAACACUCAAUGGGGCAAAGAGAUGGGUCUGAUAUACGGGUGUCUGCUCGAAGACGCGAUUACUGGGUUGUCAAUCCAUUGCAGAGGAUGGAAAUCAGUGUAUAUCAAUCCAGAAAGGAAGGCAUUCACCGGUCUGGCACCAACUACCUUGUCUCAGACAUUGGUGCAGCACAAGAGAUGGGCAGAAGGUGCUUUCCAGAUUUUGUUUUGCAAUUAUAGUCCUUUAUCGUAUGCCCGUGGAGAGAUUAGCUUUGGCCUGCAGCUAGGUUACUGCUACUAUUGUUUCUGGUGUCCAUCCAGCAUUCCAGUACUCUAUUAUUGUAUAUUCCCUUCGCUUUAUCUCCUUAAAGGCAUAUCCUUGUUCCCACAGAUCUCGAGCCCAUGGUUCCUACCUUUUGCUUAUGUAAUAUCUACUCGAUACAUUUAUAGCCUAGCUGAAUUCCUAUGGUCUGGUGGCACAAUCCUUGGCUGGUGGUGUGAACAAAGAAUGUGGUUAUAUAAAAGAACAAGCUCCUUCUUCUUUGGAUUCAUUGACACCAUUUUGAAGAUGCUAGGAUUCACUGAAUCAACAUUUGUAGUCACUGCAAAAUUUACCGAUGAAGAUGUAUUAAAAAGGUACGAGAAAGAGAAGAUGGAAUUUGGAGAUUCCUCUCCAAUGUUCGCCAUCUUAGCAACACUUGCAAUGCUCAAUCUCUUCUGCUUUAUUGGAGUUGUGAAUAAAGUUAUCAUGAAUGGCGAUGUUUUUAGUCUUUACAAGACUAUGCCUUUGCAAACUCUUCUUUGCAUUGCUUUGGUUCUCAUCAACUUGCCUCUGUAUCAGGGCCUUUUCCUGAGGAAUGACAACGGCAAGUUGCCAAGUUCUCUAGCUUUCAAAUCUUUUAUGGGAAUUGGGCUAAAGGAACUUUAUGUAGUGGUACUAUUGGCACUUUUAUCUAGCCCACAAGCAGUGUUUGGCAUUAGAUUUGUGAUCGAUAGGGAAGAAUGCUUCUCUCAUGAUGUUAAAUAUGAAGGCGAUACAGUUCAUGUUUCCUUUGUUGUCGUCAAGACUGAUUCAUCUUGGCAUUAUACAAACGAUGGUGUUGAUCUUGUGAUAAAGGGACCCAAUGGUGAUCAAAUUCAGGAUUUUCGCGACAAGACAAGUGAUAAGUUUGAGUUUAUGGCUCGUCAAAGAGGAGUCCACAGUUUUUGCUUCACUAACAGGUCUCCUUACCACGAAACCAUUGACUUUGAUGUAUAUGUUGGCCAUUUUUCAUACCAAGAAGAGCAUGCAAGAGAUGAGCAUUUUACACCCUUGCUAGAUCAGAUAUGGAAGCUAGAGGAGGCUCUUUACAAUAUCCAAUUUGAACAGCAUUGGCUGGAGGCGCAGACUGAACGUCAGGCAAUAGUAAAUGAAGCAAUGGGCCGCAGGGCUAUUCAUAAAGCGCUGUAUGAAUCUGCAGCACUCAUUGGUGCUAGCGUUCUGCAAGUUUACCUUCUUCGCCGCUUGUUUGAACGGAAGCUUGGGAUGUCCAGAGUGUAGACAUUACUGUGGAUAGUUUGUAACAUCAUGAUCAGAAUUAUUUAUUUCCUACUUGCUUCGGGGGAAAACGGACGCGUAGAAUCAGACCAUCCAUUUGCAACGUUUUGCUCUUUACGUUAUUGAAUUACCAUAGAUUGGCUUUUUGAAACGGUGUGUUGAUUUGCUGUGUAACCUGAGCCUUGAGCCACUACCUCUAGCCGCAAGGCCUGGCUAUUCUUGCAUUUGUACAACAGAUCAAAGAAAGAUAGUUUGCACUUAAACCCUUUGCCACCA